AUGGCAUCCACUUCUAACACUAGCAGUCACUCACAGUUUGAAGAAUUUGCACCAUCUACAUCUGCUUCUGGUAGAUCUUAUGAUGUAUUUAUUAAUCAUCGCGGAUCUGAUGUCAAAAAAACAUUAGCCACUACUCUUUAUAAAAUGCUUACUAAUGGCAUGGGACUCGGUGCUUUUCUGAAUUCAGAAGAGCUUCAAUUGGGGGAUUCUUUGCCGACAGAACUGAAAGAAGCAAUGAAGAGGACUAGAAUUGUUCCCAUCUUCUACUAUAUUGACAUUGGAGAUGUCCGAUAUGCAAAAGGUGUCUAUGCUGAAGCAUUUGACUCGCACCAAAUAAAAGGUAGAUACAGCUCCGAAAAGGUUAAGGAGUGGAAGGAUGCGCUCUUCAAUGUUUCACAUAACAUUGGUUACAGCGUUAAUAGCAAGGAAGAUGAGGACAUGCUGCUGAAGAGUAUUACUUAUUGUGUUGUGAAAGAAAUAAAAAAAGCGUCAUUUGUGGUCGCAGAACAUCCUAAGUCAUCAGAAUGUGCAGAUUGUUGGAAUUUGGGGCAUGGGUGGUUCCGGCAAAAGACCACUCUUGCCAAAAAGUUAUAUAAUAAUAUAUAUCCAUCUAUGGAGAAGGCUAGUCUUAUAUUAGAUGUCAGAGAUGCUGCUAACAGAAACUUGUUGUGCGACAAGCAGAAAAAACUUUUGGAGGAUCUUGGUUUCAAAAGUUUAUCAGUUGACAAUGUAGAAGAGGGGAAAUCAAUUCUUGCAAACCAGUUAAGAUCCAUUCGAGCAUUAAUUGUUUUAGAUGAUGUCGAUCAUAUCGAUCAACUAAAUGCUUUAUUGCCCAGCCAAAGGUCCAAAAGUUUGAUUGGAUCAGGUACUUUAAUUAUUGUCACUACAAGGGAAUUAGAAGUCCUUAAACGUUGGAACAUCUCCUCCCACUAUAAAAUGAAACCAAUGAGUGAAGUUCAUGCCAAGCAACUCUUUUGUUCGCAUGCUUUCUUACAACCAUCUCCACUAAAUGAGUUUGAGGAGAUUGUUGAAAAGGUCCUAAAAACCUGUAGUGGGUUGCCGUUGUCUCUUAAAGUCUUAGGUGGCCAGCUUUAUGGAAACUUAAGCAAAGAUUUAUGGGAGAUUCAACUACAGAAGUUUUCUAGGAUAGUACCUGAAGAUAUCAAGAGCAGGCUUAAAAUAAGUUAUGAUGUCUUAGAUGAUGAAGAGCAAAAGAUGUUUUUGGAUAUUGCAUGUUUUUUCAUUGAAGAAAAAAAUGAUUUGUUUGGAGAGGCUGAGAAAUAA